CGGCGGCGUGCUCUGAUUGGCCAGAGCGCUGCGGAUUGCAGCCGGUGGUGGCUUGAGGCUGGUGGAGCUGCGCAUCUUCGGGAGCAGUUCUUUGGGGUGACUUUCAAGAUGGACUCGACCCUCACAGCAAGUGACAUCCGGUCCCGGUUUAUAGAUUUUUUCAAGAGAAACGAACAUACGUAUGUUCACUCCUCUGCCACCAUCCCACUGGAUGACCCCACGCUGCUCUUUGCAAACGCAGGCAUGAACCAGUUCAAACCCAUCUUCCUGAACACGAUUGACCCAUCUCACCCUAUGGCAAAGCUGAGCAGAGCUGCCAAUACCCAGAAAUGCAUCCGGGCGGGGGGCAAACACAAUGACCUGGAUGACGUGGGCAAGGACGUCUAUCACCACACCUUCUUCGAGAUGUUGGGGUCCUGGUCUUUCGGGGAUUACUUCAAGGAAUUGGCAUGUAAGAUGGCUCUGGAACUGCUCACUGAAGAGUUUGGCAUUCCAGUGGAAAGACUUUACGUGACUUACUUCGGUGGGGAUGAGGCAGCUGGCUUAGAACCAGAUCUGGAGUGCAAGCAGAUUUGGCAAAACUUGGGGCUGGAUGACAGCAAAAUCCUCCCUGGCAACAUGAAAGAUAACUUCUGGGAGAUGGGCGACACGGGCCCAUGUGGGCCCUGCAGUGAAAUCCACUUUGACCGGAUCGGUGGUCGGGACGCCGCACACCUCGUCAACCAAGACGACCCCAACGUGCUGGAGAUCUGGAACCUUGUGUUCAUCCAGUAUAACAGGGAGACUGACGGCAUUUUGAAACCUCUGCCCAAGAAGAGCAUUGACACAGGGAUGGGCCUGGAGCGACUGGUGUCUGUGCUGCAGAAUAAGAUGUCCAACUACGACACUGACCUGUUUGUCCCUUACUUUGAAGCCAUUCAGAAGGGCACAGGUGCCCGGCCGUACAGCGGGAAAGUCGGCGCUGACGACACUGAUGGGAUCGACAUGGCCUACCGCGUGCUGGCUGACCACGCUCGGACCAUCAGGGCCGAUGGCGGCCGGCCUGACAACACGGGGCGGGGGUACGUGCUACGCCGGAUCCUACGCCGGGCUGUCCGCUACUCCCAUGAGAAACUCAACGCCAGCCGGGGCUUCUUCGCCACGUUGGUGGACGUCGUGGUCCAGUCCCUGGGAGAUGCAUUUCCUGAGCUAAAGAAGGACCCCGACAUGGUGAAGGACAUCAUUAAUGAAGAAGAAGUACAGUUUCUCAAGACCCUCAGCCGAGGGCGUCGCAUCCUGGACAGGAAAAUCCAGAGCCUGGGAGACAGCAAGACCAUCCCCGGUGACACUGCUUGGCUCCUGUAUGACACCUAUGGGUUUCCGGUGGAUCUCACGGGACUGAUUGCCGAAGAGAAGGGCCUGGUGGUGGACAUGGAUGGCUUCGAAGAGGAAAGGAAAUUGGCCCAGCUGAAAUCCCAGGGCAAGGGAGCUGGCGGGGAAGACCUCAUCAUGCUGGACAUCUAUGCCAUUGAAGAGCUCCGGGCAAAGGGUCUGGAGGCCACAGAUGACUCUCCGAAGUAUAAUUACCUCUCGGACUCCAGUGGUAACUACGUGUUUGAGAGCACAGUGGCCACGGUGCUGGCUCUGCGCAGGGAGAAGAUGUUUGUGGCAGAGGUGUUCACGGGCCAGGAGUGUGGAGUGGUGCUGGACAGGACCUGUUUCUACGCCGAGCAAGGAGGGCAGACCUACGACGAAGGCUACCUGGUGAAGGCUGACGACAGCAGUGAAGACAAAACCGAGUUCACAGUGAAGAACGUGCAGGUGCGAGGAGGGUACGUGCUGCACGUCGGGACCAUCUACGGCCACUUGAAAGUGGGGGACCAGGUCCGGCUGUUCAUUGACGAGCCCCGACGGAGACCUGUCAUGAGCAACCACACAGCUACCCACAUUCUGAACUUUGCCCUGCGCUGCGUGCUCGGCGAAGCUGACCAGAAAGGCUCCCUGGUGGCUCCUGACCGCCUCCGGUUUGACUUCACCGCCAAGGGAGCCAUGUCUACCCAACAGAUCAAGAAAGCCGAAGAGAUUGCGAAUGAGAUGAUCGAGGCGGCCAAGCCUGUCUACACCCAGGAUUGCCCCCUGGCGGCAGCAAAAGCUAUCCAGGGCCUGCGGGCCGUGUUCGAUGAGACCUACCCUGACCCUGUGCGAGUCGUCUCCAUCGGGGUCCCGGUGUCCGAGCUGCUGGAUGACCCCUCCGGUCCUGCUGGCUCCCUGACUUCUGUGGAGUUCUGUGGGGGGACCCACCUGCGGAACUCCAGUCACGCGGGGGCUUUCGUGAUUGUGACUGAAGAAGCCAUCGCCAAGGGGAUCCGGAGGAUCGUGGCCGUCACAGGUGCCGAGGCCCAGAAGGCCCUGAGGAAAGCGGAGAGUUUGAAGAAGUCUCUCUCUGCCAUGGAGGCCAAGGUGAAGGCCCAGACCGCACCGAACAAGGACGUGCAGAGGGAGAUUGCCGACCUGGGCGAGGCCCUGGCCACCGCCGUCAUCCCCCAGUGGCAGAAAGAUGAGCUGCGGGAGAUGCUCAAAUCCCUGAAGAAGGUCAUGGACGACCUAGACCGGGCCAGCAAGGCCGACGUCCAGAAGCGAGUGUUGGAGAGGACAAAGCAGCUCAUUGACAGCAACCCCAACCAGCCCCUGGUCAUCCUGGAGAUGGAGAACGGCGCCUCGGCCAAGGCCCUGAACGAAGCCUUGAAGCUCUUCAAGACGCAUUCCCCGCAGACGUCUGCCAUGCUCUUCACGGUGGACAACGAAGCCGGCAAGAUCACGUGCUUGUGUCAGGUGCCCCAGAACGCAGCCAACCGAGGCCUAAAAGCCAGCGAGUGGGUGCAGCAGGUGUCAGGCCUGAUGGACGGCAAAGGCGGCGGCAAGGACGUGUCCGCCCAGGCCACGGGCAAGAACGUGGGCUGCCUGCAGGAGGCGCUGCAGCUGGCCACUUCCUUCGCCCAGCUCCGCCUGGGAGAUGUGAAAAACUGAGGGGAGGGGUGGCCUCCUCUGGAAAGCAUCUCCCCCUCACCCAGUUCUCCACCUGCCACAAGGACAUUUGAAUCUGGGGGUCUUUAACAGCUCCAUCCGUCCUCCUAACCCAGCAGUGACCAGAACAUGCCCGGGAGCCAUCCUGGGACUCAGGCCCGAGGGCCCUGUCAACGCCACCGUCUAAAGCCACUCCCCUGAGAUUGCUGUUACCAUCAUCAUGCUCCCAUCUCUAGAUAACAGUUCCCUGCCGACCUGAGGCUUCUAGGUCCACAGGCAGGAAUCGUUUUUGCCGCGGAGAAUAAAAGGACCAUGUGCAAUACUUGA